CUCUCAUUCGCGGCAGUACAAUACAGCGACAGCACGCAUUUGGAUUUUGACGUGUGACAGCAAACAGCUGCAGCCAGAUUCGGUUGCAGGUUGAUAUUAGUGUAUCGAAAUAAAGACGUUUUGUAAUGAAACAGUGAUUGAAAUGGCUGAAAGUAAAGGUGCGUUGAUCGCGAAAACAGUGCAAAAACAUGCUGGACGGGCGAAGGAAAAGCUCCUUCAAAACCUGGGCAAGGUAGACCGGACCCUCGACGACAUAUUCGAAGAACAUCUGCAGAACUUCAACAGGCAACAUCAGCAGGCCACCAGGCUUCAGAAGGAGUUCAACAACUACAUAAGAUGUAUAAGAGCGGUACAAACAGCCUCCAAAACCCUGAUGGAGGCUAUCACGGAAGUCUACGAGAGCGGCUGGUCAGGCCACGACCUGCUGUACGUACAAGCGCAGAACUUGGAGAUGUUGUGGCAGGACUUCUCCCACAAGCUGGGCGAUCAGGUCCUCAUACCGCUCAAUACGUACACCAACCAGUUCCCUGAAGUCAGGAAAAAGAUCGAGAAACGCGGCCGCAAGUUGGUAGACUACGACAGUCAAAGGCACAGCUUCCAGAAUCUGCAAUCGAACGCCACGAAGAGAAGGGACGAUGUCAAGGUAACCAAAGGCAGGGAGCAGCUAGAAGAAGCGAAGCGCACAUACGAAGUGCUGAACUCUGAGCUACACGACGAACUGCCCGCACUGUACGACUCCCGCGUCCUCUUCUACGUCAACAAUCUGCAAACACUCUUCUCGGCUGAACAACUCUUCCAUUCUGAAAGUCAUAAGGUAUUCGGCGAACUGGAAAUGAUAACGGACAAGCUCGCGACUGACUGCCAACGUGGAUCGUACAGCAAGAAGGCGAACAACCUCAGCAUCAACAUGAACAACAUCUCGCCCGCCGCCUCGCCCCACGCCACGCUCAACUCGCACAACGGCAAGCCUGCUUCACCCACCGACACCGUGCAGACGCCCCCCUCCCCCGCGCUCAACGGCUCCCCCGCGCCGCCCGGCACGCCACGAGCCAACGCACCUGAUAUACCGCGAGCUGACACACCACUACAAGCAAAACCCGACACUGACAUUAAACCCGAAGCCGACACAGACACGCCCACUACUGUGGAAAGAAAGGACAAAGACAAGCCGGCCACGCCCCCUGCAACAAACAAUAAUAUAGAACAGGACGACAAGAAGGUCGAACAGCUGUAUGAUAUACCUGUUGGGUCGCCCGUACCGCCGGAGAAGUCAAAUAAUAACUCGGAGGAAAGCAAACAGAUAGAUUCAGAAAAAAAGGACGAAAAAGAGAAGAAUGACACUGAAAACAAGACCGACGAUGUAUACGACAUACCUAUUGGAGCGACACUGGCGGGUCUGCCGCCGGGCACGCUGUACCGCGUGCGGGCGACGUACCGCUACACGCGCGAGGACUCCGACGAGCUCUCCUUCGACGUCGGCGAGGUCAUCCGCGUCGUCGAGUACACUGAUCCUGACGAACAGGAGGAAGGCUGGCUGAUGGGCAUCAAAGAAUCAACCAAUGAGAAAGGCAUGUUCCCCGCGAACUUCACGCGACCAAUAUGAAGUGUCCCCUUCACAGCCAACCAGCCUAUGAGUGUCACGUGACCAGACUCAUACAAUACUAGCUAACAACCGAUUCACUACGAACUAUCUUUUACAAUAUGAUUUUGAUUUCAAUAUAAUCAUUAAUCAGUUUUUUUUUUCGUUAACGAUUCAAAAAAACUAUGUUUAUAACUUAGUCUAGUUGUUGAAUGUUAAUAGAUUAUAUAUUAUUUAUUAUUAUUUUAUAUUUGUGUUGUAUUACAACGAAUUAUGAUAAAUCGUAACCGUAUCAGCGUUUGUAUAUACAGUGUAUGAGUAACUUCGUAUCAACAUAGUCAGCGGUGUAGGGUUAACAUAUUGUUUAACUUAUUAUUCCAUGUCAUUGUAGGAAACACUGCAAAUCAUAUCAUCUUUUAUAAAAGUAUCAAACGCAUGAUUUGUUUUAAUUUGAACCUUAUGUAAAGGCUCGAUUGUGGUCAAAUUAUAUAUUUUUACAGUGUGUCGCAUGAGUAUAAAGUGUGUUUCCUACUCUUCAAUUCUUCACCAAUUUUAUGACAAUAAUCUUGAACGAUUAUUAUUAUAUUGUAUAAUAUAUAAAAAUCGGAAUUGCUCAUGUGUAACAAAUAAAAAAUAUAUUUUACAUUUAAAGUGACCUUAAAUUGUAUUAAAUAAAUGAAAAUUAUUGACGAACAAUUCGAAUAAGUAUUUAAUUUUUUAUUAUCAACAUAGGUAUUCAGUAUUAUUUAUUAUGUAUCAAUUUUUAUUUCAAUACUGAGUUACUGUUUUUUGAUGGUCAUUUGACUUUAUUAUAACAAUUUCUUCCUGUAUUUUGUUUAGUAAUAACGCUUCCUUGGAAUACGCUAAAGCGCUACAUCUGCUUUACGAUUUCUGUCAAAUCAUAUGAGAUUAUAUUUGUACUUGUAAGCCUUUGCAGCGAUCGCAAGCUGCUUUAUAUACCAUCAAUUCGCCUUCCAAAUAUUAUUACAUUUCCGACGACGCAUUUCAUUUCAAUUUCUUGAUUGCAUUUUCAAAGCGAGGUCUUAACACAUAAUCAUUAAAAAGGUUAAGUUUUAAUGUAUAUAAAAUUGUUUUUAGACUUUUUUGUUGAACCCAUAUUAUCAUAUUGUUAUAUAAUAUAACAUAGGGACUAAAUCGAAUAUUAAACUUUUGAAUAAACAUUUUUCUGUUUAAGUAGGUUUAUAUUUUUUUGUUAAAUUUAACUGUAUUAGAACCAGAUACUAACUAUAAAAUAGUGCUUAUGAAUAACAGCAGAAUGAAAGGUUUCUAUCUGAAGGUAUUUAUAACUGUUAAACGAAUUUGAAUGUUUGAGAAAAUAUUUUUGAAGUAAUGAUAACGCUCAAAAUUUGUUUCAAGAAAUGUCUCGAAAACUACAUCAUAAUAUAUUGAUUUAGAAAUAUCUUCAGAUAUCAAAUUCUAUAGAAAACAAUACCAGACUUUAUGUGCCCAGAACAAACAUUGAUAUUAACGCCAGUGUCAAAUGAGGUGCUUUGAAAGUGUACAUAAUUUAUAUAUUUUACAUUUUAAUCCCAUAUUUUUAGAAUAAGACGGUUUGAAUUGUGUUCCAUUUUGAAAAUCAUUUUCCCAAAAUAUUUCCUGUUGCCAACAUUAUUUAAAAUAGUAAGGCAACACUGACGAUUCAAUAUUUUUAUCAUUUAACUUUGUGAGAAAGGAAACCCGAUAAGUCGUGCUCCUUGCGUGUGGAAUUAUGAAAAAAUAUGUAAACUAGGGUUAUGUUACAAUGUUCUUAUAAUGACGGGCCACUUAAACAUAUUGCCAGCUAUAGCUGCUCAAAAAACGGAGCUCCGCCUUUUAUCAAUCGUUAGAACAAUCAACUUUUAUACACAUUUUUGAAAGACCUUAUGAAAUUUUAAUAUCAAUUUUAACAAACGACUGAAGUUUUUUGUAAGCAGUUGAUGUUGCGAUAUUGUGUAGGAGUACAAUCCGACAUGUUGAAAAUUGUGGCUUUAUCGUCAGUGCCAUGCAAUGUCCAUAUGUAAUGUUAAUUUAUAAGUUUGUUAGGACUUGUACAGUUUUUACAAGUGGAAAAUAAAAUAUUUCGAAAAA